GUGUUUGUUAUUAUUCAUAUCAUAACCCUGACCUCACCAUUCCAAGUUAGUUACAGAGUUUCUUUGUUUCCUCCUGUUGCAGGAGCUCAUGGGUAAGGGAGGUGAGGGAGGAGUGAGGUCUCCGGAGCGUGUCUCCGCCCGGCGGGUGGGGUGAGGGUGGUGGUCGGAGGUGGGGUCCUCUUCUUUCUCUUCUUUAUGUUUUUAGGUUUUAGUUUUGGUCUUUUCUGCCUCACAGAGAGGGGUGGGGGUGGGGGGUGCAAGUUCGUGCGUGUCGUUCGCGUGUCCGGCCGACGGCUCUGAUUGGCUGGUCAUGAUUAGCGGCACGCUUCAUUAUGUUAAUGAGCUGGACUCACGGCACGGGGCAGACCUGCCGCAGGGUGGGGGGUGUCCCUGGUUCAGUAUAUAAGCGGGCUGAGGCCGGUCGUGUGCCAAGCUCACCGGCUCGCACGAGCUGAUACAGAGCAGACAGACGCUGAGAGGCGCGUGCCACCGUCCUGUUGAUCCACUGCACUUCUGACUUCAGAGCGACAUGGACUCGGUCUACUCCGACAUCGACAGCAACAGCUGCGACUUCUUCCCGCACUCCGACAGCGAGGAGUCCCGCAGCAGUCCGCAUUGUCCUGUGCGCUGCUCGGACCCUGAGCAGCAGCAGAAGAAGAGGCGGCGCGGGCGCGCGCGGAGCGAGGCCACCGUGCAUGUGGUGAAGAAGAACCGGAGGAUGAAGGCCAACGACCGCGAGAGGAACCGCAUGCACAACCUGAACGACGCGUUGGACGAGCUGCGGGAGGUUCUGCCGGCCUUCCCCGACGAGACCAAGCUCACCAAGAUCGAGACUCUGCGCUUCGCCCACAACUACAUAUGGGCCCUGUCCGAGACCAUCCGCAUCGCGGACCUGCAGGUGAGCAAGACUGCGGUCCCCCCGAGCCCCGGCAGCUGGAGCUCCAGCGGCUCGUCGUCCUCCUCCUCCCCGACCUACAGCACCUCCAGCCCGGGCAGCCCUGGUGGCCCGGACGACUACAGCUACUUCAGGAGCUUCGUCCCGGCCAGUAUCUACUGAGGAAGAGAGCCGAGAGGAGCCCGCUCUCAGAGCGGUAGAGACACGUGACUGAUGGAAUUAUGUUCGCUGUUUGGCCUUUAUGAGCUCCGACCUCUGCUGACGGACUGAACUCACUGUUUUUGUGUUUUCUCCUGAAACCUGACUGCACUUUUCCUCCCGACGCUCCGCAGGUUCCUCUGUUCUAUAUGCUCUGUAGGUUGUUAAGUAUGUUUUCCAGGUUGCUCUAUAUGUUCUGCAAGUUGAUCUGCAGUUUGUUCAGUAUGUUCUGCAAGAUGUUCUGCAGCUUCACUUAGAGGUGAGAACUCAGUGUAACCAUUAGUGAGUGUUACUGCAGAACGGGGUGUAGCCUACAUGGAGCUGCCCUCAUCAAUUAUGACCCCCAUUAGAUUAUUAUUGUUUUUAUUUAUUUUGUGAAGUCACAUAUAAAACUGUAUUUUGUACAUAAAGAGAUUUUUAUUCUAUUUACUUGAACCAGUUUUCUACAAAUAAAGUUCUAACGUUUCUAUAAAACUCUG